AAAUCGUUGCCAGUUUGCGAGGAAUAUAUUCACAUAGCCGAACAUGAGCAAGAACCGAAAUUGGCUGAGAAUGGGGAGUCGAGCAUUAUGGACGAGGCGAGUUUUGUGAUGAAUACCCAAGUAAGUACAGCUGGCGAAAAUGUGGCAUCAUGCGAGAUGGAAAUUAAUCAGAAAGAAAUCGAGAGUGAGACGGUAUCCGUGAUCAUCGAACCAUCUGAAGCGUUGGCACAGGUUGAUGUCAAAGUUUUUGACAAAAAUAAUGUAGUCACAAGCACGGUUUUGGUUGAUGUGAUUCCUCACAAGGAGCAUAAGUCCACACUUACGACCAGUGACUCUUGGGAGAAAGAAUUUGUUGUUGCUAGCGGAUCUGCUCCUCCUGAAGCAGCAACUCGACUUUCGCCGAACAUGGAUUUGGAAAUGUCUGCAGCAAAUAGUCUUCUCAAUGAGGUGGAGAAACUUGAGGACGAAGCAAAG